AGCUCUGCACCUGCAUGGACCUGAGAGGAGGAGGGGGAAGGAAGAGCCUUUGUCUGCCUUGAGCUUCUGGGGAGCACAGGCUGAGGCAGGGACCCUUUGCCUCCCACCAUGUUUUUUGACCACGAGAGCAUCGAGGACCCUGAGGAAUAUGAGGAUGAGCUCUACCAGGAGGAGUCCUCCAGCGAGCAGAGCAUUGACAGCGAGGUGGAGUUUCACCUCUACAGCCAGAUCCAUUACUCCCAGAACCUCGGAGAAGCCAGCAGUCUGGGAAGGGAUGAGGAGGGAGGCGCCGCGGGGCUGAGGGAUGGGCCCCCGGCUCCAGGGGAGCAGCACCGCGAAGAGGGCAGCAGCGCCGCGGCCGCCGGCAGCGCCGCUCAGGCUGCAGAGGACCCGGAGGUCAUUGUCUUGUCCGAUGGGCCAGAGGAUGACAGCGUUUACACCAGCAAAGCAAAGCGGCCCAGGAGGUCUAACGCUCAGGGGAAGGCACAGAUCCAGCCAGCCACAUCCACCCCGAUGCAGGCGGAGGGCGCGGCGCACACCAUGUGGGGCAGCUCCAAGAAGAGGAAAAGCAGCAGCAAGCAGCUGAGCCCAGUGAGCCCUGCUGGGGCUUUUGCCCUCCAGGAGGUGCUGGUGAUAGAGAGCUCAGAGGAGGAGAGCCUGGAGUCUGAAAGUGACCACAUCGAGAGCUGGAUGCUGGUGGGAGCGGGCAGCGACGACAAGGAUGGAGACAUCAUACUGAACCUGGAGGGCUGUGCUACUCCUACUAGCCAAGGGGACCCUGAUGUGGACUGGUCCAUCUCCACCAAAGACUUGGAGGCUCAGAUCUCCAACUUCGGAGCUGUGCGGCGCAGCGGUGCCAGGUACUACACAGCCAACAAGAAUGUCACCUGCAGGAACUGUGCCAGGCAGGGCCACCUCUCCAAGAACUGCCCAGUCCCAAAGAGGGUUCCCCCCUGCUGCCUGUGUGCCAGGAGAGGUCACCUCCAGCACAGCUGCCCAGCUCGUUUCUGCCAGAACUGCUCCUUGCCUGGGCACUGCUUCAGGGACUGCCUGGAGAAGCCCUUCUGGAACAAGCAAUGCAACCGCUGCCACAUGCAGGGGCACUAUGCUGAUGCUUGCCCAGAAAUAUGGAGGCAGUAUCACCUAACAACCCAGCCGGGGCAGAUCCAGGAGGCAGGGCCCCGCCGCGCGCCGCCCUCCCCGGCCUACUGCUACAACUGCUCCCGCCGGGGGCACUUCGGAUACGAGUGCUCAGAGAAGAGGAUGCAUGAGAGCAUGCUGCCAGCCUACCCCUUCAUCUGCUGCUACGAUGACAAGCAGGAGAUCAGGAGGAGAGCCUUCAGGGUGAAGAGGAAAGCUGAAGAACUGCAGGGCGCUGGCCUCCUGCCCCAGCAGCCUCCCACCCUAGGCCAGGAGGGGCCCAGCCACAGCAAGAAGAGCAAGUCCUGGAGGGAGCACAGGAAGCAGCAGAAGGAUGGCAAGUGGCACAGGAAGAUGGCAGAGGGGCCUGGAGAGGAGCAGCACAGAGGCCAUGGUCUGGAGGAGGACUUCCCCAGAGGGCUGAAGAGGCAGGCAUGGAAGGGCAGCAGAAGCCACCGGGUGCCCAUGCUGCAGGCGUUCACAGGCAGCAGGGCCCUGUGCGUGCCAGGGCGCCUGGAGGCUGCCAGCAGGAGGAAGAAGAGCAGAAAGCAGAAAAAUGCUGGCCCUGGUGCCAGUGACAACCUCUUCCUCAUAAAGCAGAGGAGGAAGAAGCCCAAAGAGAAGCCUUGGUGAUGAGGAGGCAGCUGGGCAGGGCUGGCCCUGGCUGGCCUGGGCUCUGCCUGCUGCUUGCCCCUCUGCUCACACUGAAUCUGGGUCCGUCCCCA